CAUAGCAGCACCCAAAUCAAUUCAACACCACCAUGGCCAUCUCUACCACAAAUUAUUCAGUCCUAAUUCCUAUGUUUGUCUUUGUGACAACGUUGUUCAUGUUCCCCAGUAAGGUGAAGUCAGCACAGUCAUUAUCUUUUAGCUUCAGCAGGUUUGGUUCCGACCAAAAGGAUCUUAUCUUCCAAGGUGAUGCCAUUUCUACAAACAAUGUCUUACAACUCACUAAGCUAGACAGUGCAGGAAACCCUGUGAGUGGUAGUGUGGGAAGAGUGUUAUACUCUGCACCAGUGCCCAUUUGGGAAAACUCUGCGGUAGUGUAUAGCUUUGAAUCUUCUUUCACCUAUGAAAUCUCAACACCUUACACAUCUCCUCCGGCCGAUGGCUUGACCUUCUUCAUUGCACCAUAUGACACUGUCAUCCCUCCAAAUUCUGGUGGCAGACUCCUUGGACUCUUUACCGAUUCAAACGCUUUCAGAAACUCCUCCAUCUCUAAAAACCAAACCACUGUUGAUUUCAAAGCUGAAUCGAACAAAGUUGUUGCUGUUGAAAUGGACACCUACUCUAAUGACAAUGUUGGUGAUCCAUCAUACAAACACAUUGGAAUCGAUGUGAACUCUAUUAGGUCGAAGACAACUGCGCGGUGGGACUGGCAAAAUGGGAAAACAGCCACUGCACACAUCAGCUAUAACUCUGCCUCUAAAAGAUUGACUGUUGCUACUUUUUAUCCUGGGAGUAGUGCUGUCACGCUCUCCUAUGAUCUUGAGUUACAUACAGUGCUUUCUAAAUGGGCUCGAGUAGGGUUCUCCGCUUCAACUGGAGAACAAAAACAAAGAAAUACCAUUCUUUCAUGGUCUUUCACUUCAAGCUUGAAGAACAACGAGGUGAAGGAGGAGAAACAAGACAUCCUUAUUACAACUGUUGUGUGAUCAUAUGCGUGAUCAAUGAUGUUCUAUCUUAUAUGCAUGUAAUAUAUAUAUAUAUAUACAAGUGAUGAGUCAAUAAUGACAAGUACGGUGUAGUACUUGUAUGUUGUUUAUGUAUGAGUCAGUGUUUCUUGUUUAUUAUGUACGCAUAUAAAAGUAAAGAAUAUUAAUAAAAUCCUAUAUAUAUAUAUAUAUAUAUGAGUUUGUUUUA